AUGGAGAUAAUACCCGUUUCGUGGAGCGACCAGCCCAACCCGAUCCCCAAUCUCCGCACCCGAACAUUCUUCAUCACAGACCAUCCUCUCGACGAGCAGGCCCUGAAAACAGGUCUAGAUAAGCUGAUCAGAAAUCAUUGGCGGAAACUUGGGGCGCGUAUUUUCCCAUCUCGCGGCGAUACACGCCUGGAGUAUCAUUUACCGCAUGUCUUUUCAGAUGACUACGAGCUCUUCAAAUGGUCAUCCGUCAGCGCUGGUUACUCUUAUGGUGAGACAUAUGAAUUAUCAAAGAUUCUACAUCCAGGCGAUGGUGUAGCCUUUUUACCAGAUAUGGAGACGAUUGACGCCCGGUUGAGGCCCAAGGACUGGCCAUAUGAACGAAAAGACGAGCCGCCUAAUUCGCCGUUGUUGUAUGUCCACUUAACCAAGUUUUCGGAUGGAGCAGCUCUCGCGAUGAGUGUACCGCAUGUCUUUGCUGACCAGGGCGGCUUGGCCAAUAUCAUCAAGGCAUGGCUUGCUGUCAUCGAUGGGAAAACGCCGCCAGAGAUGACCGGGUACAAGGAUGAUGUGCUGGGAAGUGAAAAGCUCUCCAACAUCGAAGCUGGCCGGGGUGAUCGGAUCGGACGGAUGCGUAUACGCAGCAUCAAGGAUCAGGCGUUGGUGAUUGGAAGAAUUGCUCUCGACUUGUGGAAAGACAAGAAAGAGGAGUCUAGACUCGUUUUUCUACCAAUACAGGUAGUGCAAAAUUUGAGAGACAAGGCGAGAGAACGUUUGGAUGGUAAGCAUGUUUUGGCGAGUGAGAUCAGCAACGGUGAUAUCAUUACUGCCAUCUUCACAAAGCUUGCCAGGAUCAACUGCGAAAUCAAGUACGACGUUUCGCUUUCCUCAACCAUCAACUUACGAGACCGUAUCCCCGAACUUCAAGGCGAGAAAGGCGAAGGGUUUGUUCACAAUGCGGUCCACUACGCAACAGCCAACUUCGCUAUCAAGCCAUCAACAGAGCUAGACGAGAUUGCGCUUCAGAACCGAAUAGCCGUUAACAAAGCACUCGAGGAAUCGGAUAUCAAAGCUGGAGUUAGCACUCUCCGAGAACUCGCCAAGGCGAAUCAGGUCAUGCUUAUCUGCGAACCUCACCAUAAGCUCUAUAGCUCUUCGAAUUGGAGUGGUUCAUGGCAGGGCAUUGACUUCACCAAGGCUGCGCCAAAGUCCUAUGACUUGUCGAGCCAUAGGAAAGAGAUGGUUGUUCUUGGACAGAGCAAGACGCUUAAGGCGCCGUUGAGAUAUCGUGCUGUGAUCAUGUGUCGAACGAGUGAAGGCUUCUGGUGCGACUUUGCAGCUCCAGUUAAAACAAUGGCUUUGGUAGAGAAGUUCUUUGGGUGGGAUCCUUCGUUGGGAAUCCUGCUGGAGGAGAUGGAUACUUAUGGCACUUCCCAGAGUCGACGAGCAUCUUAG